AUAAGAAUAUAUCACAUACCUUUCUUAUCACGUUUUGAUUUAGGCAUUGUGGUUUACUAAUAUAACACAAAACAACUUUGAAUUAACUAUUAUUUAAUUAUUAAUUAAGGAUUCACGUACAGAGGUAAACGGCUUGAGAAACAAACUAACGCGAGUGGUAAUGGAAACAUGUGUGAGAUGGCGCAGCUGUAAACUAUUCUUAUUCCACCGCACAAGAUGGCGCAACCUAACACAAAUUUACUUUAUUUAUUUCUUCAGAUCCAAAAUGCAACCAAAUUUUGCGAACCCGACGGCUCCUGGUACAAUUGGACAAACUACCAAGACUGUAUGCCAAGUAAUACCACCGUCGUAUCCAUCGACAUCAACAAAUCGCACUCGCUGGACAAUCUCAAGGCGUACGUCCCAACAAUUAACAUCAUCUCACGCACAGGCUACUCAAUUUCUUUCUUCACACUCGUCCUGGCCUUCUUCAUAAUGUUAUCCAUAAAGAAACUACACUGCGCACGUAACAAACUUCACAUGCAUCUUUUCGCAUCUUUUAUAAUGCGAGCAGGAAUGCGAUUAUUGAAAGAUCUUCUAUUCGCGGACGGAAUCUUAAACUCCCUUACAAAACUAAUAGACGGCAAUAAAUACAUUGUGGACGAUAAGAAAAACAGCAACUGGAGAUGCAAAUUAUUUUUGAGUCUAUUUAACUUCUUCAUUACUGCAAACUACUCUUGGAUUUUAAUGGAGGGAUUAUAUCUUUACAAUUUAAUAUUUCGAUCGAUGUUUGCGGAUUCCCACACGAAAAUAACACAAUAUAUAAUCCUCGGAUGGGGAAUGCCGUUUUUGGUAGUUGCUGCAUGGGCCACAGCCAGGAUUUUAAUGGAAGAUACAUAUUGCUGGACUACUCAUGAUCAGGACAAGAUGACUUUUUGGAUUAUUCGCAUUCCAACUGCUGUUUCUAUUAUGUUAAAUUUAUAUCUUUUCGUGAGGAUCGCAUUGGUUAUUUAUAUGAAGUUACAACCACCGAAUCAGGAAGAAGCAAGAAGUUACCGUAAAUGGGCGAGGAGUACCCUUGUCCUGGCGCCAUUGUUUGGCAUCCAUUACGCUGUUUUGAUUGGAAUGUCUUCGUCAUCCAAUGAAACCGUCGAAAUUAUUUGGUUGUUUGCUGAUCAACUUUUUGCAAGUUUUAAUGGUUUUGUGGUGGCCAUUUUGUACUGUUUCCUUAACAGUGAAGUCCGAGCUGAAUUAAAACCGCAUAUUCACGCUUUUUUGGUUUUUAUUGCGUCGCAUAAUUGUUUAAAAUAUUUUUUCCCAUGCAGAGAACGAUAUCUUAGAUCAGCAAGAGGUAGGACAUCAGUUUGUACGACAAUGUCUUGCAGUUCGUUGUUUAACAAUGUGGUUAAUCCCAGAAACAGUCGAGCUGGACUACGAGGAGAUCAAGCAUUGCGUAACAAAAACGACAGGAAUAAAGAACAUGUCUGCCAUCCGCAUGCAAGAUACAUCCAAGAUGAUUAUCAAGCACGACAUUCUCGAGGCUCGGCGAAGCAGCUCCUUGCAAUCGGAUCGAACGGAUCAAUCCAUCAAAAUCAAAGACUUGGGAGUUUAGAAGAGGACCUCACUCCGGAAUCUUUCUGCAUGCUGCCAGCGCCCGGAAAUCAUCUUCAGCCGAAGAUAGAAACGCCCGACUGAGACAUGCUCGAGACGGUCCUAUAAUAAUAAGAAAAACAUCGAAACAAGUCCAAAAGUCCAUGGAUCCCACAGGAUCACAACAAGAACCAGAACCAUAUGAAUUAAAUACAGGGUACUAAGCUAAACUAUUUCUACGUUAAUUGAUAUUAACUUAUUGAUGGAACUAAUAUGUGUGUAUGUGUUAUCAGCGCAUAUCAAAAAUAUACUCACUAUUCAUAUUCAUGAACGAGAACAAAGAGACAUUUAUGUAUUUUUCUGACUGUGUACGAUAGUACUUAAUACUUAAUGUAUUGUGUUAAAUAAAGAUAAGAUGUUUUAAAAAUAAACGAAACAAAUCUAAAGUUCAACCAAA